AUGCUAACAAAUACUCACUUAAGCAACUAUAUAAGGUUUUUCUAGAUUAUAUCAGAUAUGGAAUAAGAAUGUCUGAUUUCAUAGAAAGAGAAGCACCAAUUAAAAGUGAAUCUAACCCUUAAAGACAUGUAAUUAGUUAACAUGAUUGCACUAAAUACAGGUAGUGAAGGAUUACAAUUAUUCAUAAGAUGCCGAUGAAGAAGAGUUCAAAUACAGUAUAAUCAACUAUUUGAGAAAACAAAAUUAAUCUCCUCGUCAGAGGUAGGGAUAGAAAAUAAGAUGUAAGUCAACUGGGAUAGAAAUGAGUCCAAUACGUUUGAUAAGACGUAAUUCAGUUAGUAAAGAAUCAAAAGUAACAGAGGAACAAUUGAUCCAAUAAAUAGAUGAUUUAAAUGACUCACUUGUUAUGAUUCUUUAGAAUGAGAACAAAUGUGUAUUUUUAGUCCUUUUAAUGGUUUUGUCUAGAUUCUUACACCAAUUGUAACUGAGAAAUUGAAGAGUAUCCUUGAAGUAAUACAAAAGACAACAAUUUCAUCACCAUCUACAACAACCACUAAAAUACUUUAAGCUGAAGAGACAGAGUAUUGUAAAAUAGUAGAUAAAUUUACAUAACUCUAUUCAGAUAUGAAAGUAUACAUUAUUAUUAUUGAAAAUAGAAACAUUACACAGAUUAUCUAAAUUGUCAUCUAUUAUUAAUGAAUAAUAAUCUAUCCUAUGAGACUUUAGUGUAAAGUGUAAGAGUAUUUGUUAAAAGAUUAAUCGAUGCAGAUUAAAUAACUUAUUUACAUAUUAGAGAUGAUCAAUCAUAAUAAACCUAUUAUUCUGUUGAAGAUUAAUACAUUAUUACAAAUGAUAAGUAAAUUUAUAAUGAAACUUAACUCAUACAACCUAAUAAAGUUUUACUUUUAGAUGAGUGUAAUUUUUAUCCUGCCUUGAGUGAAUAAUUCAAAAUUAAAUAGUAUAAAAAGAACUAUUUGAUCAAAUUAAAUAAUUAGGAUAUUUUUGUUUGUUUUCAUAUUAAUGAUUAAACUUCAAUUAUAAAUGAAUUUCUUAAUUUAGCUGAUGAAUUUGAUAUAUUUGAAGAUCUUAAUCAAUUAAGCAUAUUUUUGAUUGAAACUAUUAAAUAAGCUAAAAUCCAAAUAUUUACUCCACUUUAACUCUCACAUAUGAUUUAAGGUAUUGGUAUUGCCUUUAUUAGAAGUUCCAAAUAUUUAUUCAUAAAAUAAUCUAUACAUAUAUUGUAAUCAAAAUAUUAAGUUGAAAUGUAAUGAAUAAACUAUUAUAUAUUUAGUCAUAUCAAUUCUGGUGAUGGUAUGUCUGUUGUUAGUAGUCCUAGUUUCUUUUAUGGAAUUUAGAAAUAAGUAGAUUUUGAUUUUAAAGAUGAACUUAAUAUAUCUAUUUCAAUUAAUGGUAUGGAUCUAAAUAAGAAAUCUGAUCUUAUGAUUUACAAAUAAUUAACUCAAAGUUUUAAUAAGUAUCUCAAAUUCAUUAGACAAUGUUAUGAUAGAACUACCUUCUAUAAGUUCUUUGUUAAAUCAUAAGACACACUUAUUUUUGAAUUUGAUAAAUUGGGCAGAUUAAUAUUUUUAUCUAGACCUAUUCCUUAAGAAAUUAAGAGAGAAUUCAAUAUUAAUUUUGAUCCAAAAUAAACAAAAAUGACUUAUUCUUAAUUAUUUUAAAAUGAAGAAUUGCUAAAAUAUAUUGAAAAUUUCCUUUAAGAAUAAAAUAUACUUAGAGAUAGUGAUCAAUAAUAUUAGGUGUUUAUGAAAAUGGAGGAACGUAGUUUCAAGGGAUUUUUCAUUAUUUUUUAAUAAGGUUGGUUUAAAUAUGAUUAAAAGAAAUUUGAUUUAAGUGAUCCAUCAUUAUAGAAAGAAUUGCAAAAAUAAAUUAUUUAAUAAGAAACUAUCAGAUUUAUUGAUAAUUUAGAAUAAAAUAAUCCAUAGAUUUUGAAUUCUGUUGUUUAGAUGUUUAAACCUAGAUCUACUUAAAGAUAAACUAUACAUUAUCGAAAUUCCAUAUUAUAAUUUGAACCUGCAAAACUUGGAAUUUAACAUAAAUCUUCAUUAAGAUUAGAAGAUUUAGAUAUAUAAUGUUUAAUUCCUAAUAUUGAUAAUUUUCAUUUCAAUAUCUUGGCUGUUGAUGAUAUGAUUUAAAAAUAAUUAGUAGUAGUAGAAAUAUUGAAAUAUCAUAACUUAAUUAAAGAAUAUGAUAUUCCCUUAGAUACUCUUUGUUAAUUCCUUAGUGAAGUAGAAUAUAAGUAUAAUAAGAAAAAUAAUGUAUUUCAUAAUUAUGAUCAUGGUAUUUCUGUUAUGUAGAAUGUUCAUGCUAUUCUAUUAUAAUUACAUUAAACUAAUAAUUCUUCUAUUUUAUCAUUAUUCAAUUAAUUUGCUUUAUUAUUAUCUGGAUUAUGUCAUGAUGUUUCUCAUACAGGAAGAACAAAUACCUUUGAAAUAAAUAGUUUAUCAAAUUUAGCUAUAAGAUAUCAUGAUAGGAGUGUUUUAGAAUAACAUCAUGCAGCUAAAUCACUGAAAUUACUUUGUGUUCCUAAUACUAAUAUAUUAUAAAGUUUAAAAGGUGAAGAAUUUCGAAAAUUCAGGAGAAUAUUCAUUUCCAAUAUAUUAUAUACAGAUAUUACUGAACAUUUUAAUUUAAUUAAGAAUUUUGAGACUAAAAUAUUAGAAUAGAAUUUUGGAUCAUAAGAUGAGGAUAUCAAAUUAUUAAGUGGCAUGAUUAUUCAUACAUCAGAUUUCACAGGAGGAGCUAAAUAAUUUGAGUUGUCCAAACAAUGGUCAUUUAAAGUAAAUAAAGAAUUUGAAUAACAGUAUGAAUUAGAAGGUAAAUUAGGAUAUCCACAAUUACCAUAUAUGAAAGAUUUACAUAAUGUAUUAUUAUUAUUUAAUUAGUUAUCUGUGAUGGCAAAAUAAGAGGCUGGAUUUUUCAAGUUUAUUGUUAGACCAUUGUGGCAAUCAAUGUCCAAAUAUUUAGAUAAUAGAUUAUAAAAAUAGGUUGAAUAUCUUGAUGAAACAAUCUAAAAGUGGGAAUAAAUUGCUAAUUCUGAAUGA